UAUAAAUUUAUAGAGGAGGCGUUGGCUGUAACCACUUGGAGAAAAAGAAGAAGCUUCCUGGUCCUCGUGCAUUUUGAUCUUGGUAGUGGAAUGUUGGAAUUCCUGUGGCAACCUGCUCCACUCACCCUUAUUUGCUAAGGGUCUCGAACAAGGAUCGUAGCUUCAGCACCUGCAAGAGCGCCCUUCUCCAAAUCUUCGAUGUCAAGAGUGGAACGACGAAGGAAAAGCAAGCGGAAGUCGAAACACGACCUCAAGAGCGCAAAGUCCACAACGGAGGUCGACAACGUGUCAGAAACGAAAGAGAAGAACGUACAAGAAAUGGCAUCAGGAACCAUAGUACCAGACACGAUGCCACCACAAACUAACGACCCAAAUUUGGUUGACCACACACCGGACACUAUGCAUCUUCAAGGGACUUCAGCUGCUGCACAGCCAGAAGAUCAGGAAGCAGGUCCUUCACAGCCCAAAGCUGACGGCAUCGGUCCUCAAGCGUGCCAGGCGCCGGGACCACUGCGGAACAGCGCAAGCAAGAACCAUCUGCCGCUGUCCUCGGUGCACGACAGCAAACCCGAAGGAGGCGCGACAAAAGUGACCGAGAAUGUUGCGCCGAAUAGUGAAGAACAAAAGGACCAAGAUAUCAAGGUGGCAGCAAGUAAUGGGAAACAAAUUGACGGUGCAGGUCCUAACGGCGUCCCUGAGAAGAGUGCCCAAGGAGGUGGAGCUUUACCAGAUAAGCAGGAGGUUAUGAAAGACACGAUGCCAUCGUGCGAAAUUUUCAACUUCACUACGAAUGACUACCUCCAUUUUGAUACUCACGUGUUGUCGUAUAAAGACGACGAAUACACCGGACCCAACAUCCGGGAGUGGUGGCACAAAAACAAGCACGUCGUCACGAUUGUGUUACUCUUGCUGGCGUUCAUCGCAUUUGUAGUUCUGGCUGCCAUGAUGUCUAUUGCGGAGUAUCUCCAGUGGAACCACGUGAAGAUCCUGGUGAAAGGUGUGGGUGUCCUUAAAGGCGUCAAGUCGAGCAGGGAUGGCCGCACCGUCUACUCCUUCUUGGGUAUCAGCUACGCGAAACCCACGUGGGGAAGCCACCGGUUCCGCCGUCCUGAACAGGCCGCAGAGGCGAAACAGUUGACAGAUGCGACUACCAUGAGGCCUGCCUGCCCUCAAGGAGGUUAUUACUUGGAGACAAUUGGCGGCGCGACAGAUACGAGUGAAGAUUGUCUGCACGUCAACAUUUGGACACCUUGCAUUCAAACAGAAAGCCCCGACUGCAGAAAGACCGUGAUUGUUUUCCUGUACGGUGAGGAAUUCCUCCAUGGCAGCAACAACGUCUACGAGGGAAGCUCCUUCGCCGCGAUCGGAGACGUCGUCGUUGUUGCGCCAAACUUCCGCCUAGGAGUAUUUGGAUUUUUAUCGACAGGAACUAAGGAUGCCCCAGGCAACUUGGCUCUGUACGACCAGGAGAUGGCGGUGCGUUGGGUGCUGAAUCACAUCGAGCCCUUUGGCGGCAACAGUAGCGAUGUUGUGCUCAUGGGUAGCGGGACGGGGGCGUGGUCUAUCGGCGCAUUGCUGUUCAGCUCCAAGCCAUUCUGGAGGCAGCACUUUAGGAAGUUCAUCAUUCAAAGCGAGUCACCAUUCCGGAGGAUGCACCAAGCGGCUCCGAGCGUAUCAUCUACCCUCAAGUGUCCACCCAAACCACUUGACCAACUUCUCCUCUGCCUCCAAAGCCUACCAGCGGAGAAGAUUCUGAAUGUUGCUCGACGUCCUCCUUUCACCUACGAACCUUCUUUUGGCAGUGAACUCUUUCCGUAUGAGCCGUGGCGUCUGGCCUCAAUGAAUCCGGUCCAGGGCAAAGAUAUCUUACUUGGAACGGUUGCCGACGAAGGCUCGAGACUAAUCUACCACCUCGCACAUGCCGUACAACACGACGACCACACAUUCCUGCCAAGCGCCGUGUCAUAUAUGCUCGGUGCGCUCGACGUGCAACAACGAAUACGCAUUAUUCAAAUGUACAGGCGCAACGCCACCGGUAACAAUCUCUCCUGGGCGCACAGCCUCAUCGGUGACGUGUACUACGUGUGUCCAGUGCUGAGCUUCGCCGAGCACCUGUCGUGGAGAGGCAAUAGGGUGCGCACGUAUGUCUUCAACGAACCAGAGAACAGUGUCGACAAGGAUAAUGGGACGUUAGCCGGCCGCUUUGCGGAUCUGCACUUUCUCUUCCGGGCCGUGCAGAGAUAUCUUCUGCACGAGGUCAAGUUUGGCAGUGAACUCAUCGACAUGUGGGCAGGCUUCGCCAAAAGUGGGUCCCUACCGCUGGUGGAGAAUAAGCCGUGGCCUGUGUACACGGCAGCAGACCCACGUUCGGUGGCCAUCGAUUCAAAUGCGCUGUCCGUCAUCGUAGAUUACAAGGUGGAGACAUGCGCGACAUUGGCCAACUUCUUACCGGAGCUCAAUGCUUGGAAGCAUGCGGAGCCACGUUUUUGACCGGCUCUAUUUCGACAAACACUGAUAUAUUAAAUGAAACCCAUAAAGGGCCAAACUCGA